AUGCGUUUCUCAGACUCUCUUCUCCUCAUCGGCCUCUCCAGCCUCGCUGGUGCUCAUCCCAGCCGAAGGACUCCCAACCCUUCACCGCUGAGCAAGCGUGGCCUCGACCUGGAAGCUUUCAAGCUUCCUCCCAUGGCCGAGUACGUUCCUCAGGAAGAGGUUCCUGAUGAUGUCAGUGCCAAGGUCGUCACCAAGCGCGCUGAUUAUACCGAGACUGCCAAGGACUUGGUCAAGUCGACAUUCCCCAAGGCUACUUUCCGAAUGGUCAACGACCACUAUGUCGGAAGUGGGGGUUUGGCCCACAUCCACUUUAAGCAAACUAUCAAUGGUAUUGAUAUUGAUAAUGCCGAUUUCAACGUUAACAUUGGCCCUGAUGGGGACGUCUUCUCCUUUGGAAACAGCUUCUAUGAUGGCAAGAUUCCUGGACCCCUCACUAAGCGUGACGAGAAGGACCCCGUCGACGCUCUCAAGAACACUGUUGAUGUUCUCUCCCUCCCCGUUGAGGCUGAGAAGGCUAAGGCUGAGAAGAAGAGCAACAACCACUACACCUUCACUGGAACCAAGGGUACCGUCAGCAAGCCUGAGGCUAAGCUCACCUACCUUGUUGAUGAGAACAAGGAGCUCAAGCUCACUUGGAGAGUUGAGACUGAUAUUGUUGACAACUGGCUGUUGACUUAUGUCAACGCUGCCAAGACUGAUGAGGUCGUCGGUGUUGUUGACUACGUCAACGAAGCUACUUACAAAGUUUAUCCUUGGGGUGUCAACGAUCCUUCCAAGGGAUCUCGUUCCACUGUUUCCAACCCUUGGAACCUCGAAGCCUCAGAGUUCACUUGGCUCAGCGACGGUUCAAACAACUACACCACAACCCGUGGAAACAACGGGAUUAGCCAGGUUAACCCAAGUGGGGGCUCCACUUACCUCAAUAACUAUCGCCCUGACAGUCCUUCCUUGAAGUUUGAGUAUGAUUAUUCCACAAGCACUACUACCCCAACCAGUUACCGUGACGCCUCUAUCACUCAACUGUUCUAUACUGCCAACAAAUAUCAUGAUCUAUUGUAUUUGUUAGGAUUCACGGAGCAAGCAGGUAACUUCCAGACCAACAAUAACGGCCAGGGAGGCCAGGGAAAUGACUUCGUCAUUCUCAAUGCUCAGGAUGGAAGCGGUACAAACAACGCCAACUUUGCCACCCCAGCGGAUGGCCAGCCUGGCAGAAUGAGAAUGUAUCUCUGGACCUAUAGCACACCCCAGCGCGACUGCAGUUUCGACGCUGGUGUUGUCAUCCACGAGUACACUCACGGCCUGUCCAACCGCUUGACUGGUGGACCUGCUAAUUCCGGAUGUCUCCCUGGCGGUGAAUCCGGUGGUAUGGGUGAAGGCUGGGGUGACUUUAUGGCUACUGCUGUCCACACAACAUCCAAGGAUACCCGCGCCAGCAACAAGGUCAUGGGUGACUGGGUGUACAACAACGCUGCUGGUAUCCGAGCUUAUCCCUACAGCACAAGCCUUACCACCAACCCCUACACUUACAAGAGUGUGAACAGUCUCAGUGGAGUCCAUGCUAUUGGUACUUACUGGGCUACUGCCCUGUAUGAGGUUAUGUGGAACCUCAUCGACAAGCAUGGGAACAGUGAUGCAGAUGAGCCCAAGUUUAGUAACGGCGUUCCUACUGAUGCUCGAGAUGCCAUUAUUGAUGCUGACACUGCCCUUACCAAGGGGGCCAAUAAGUGUGAAAUCUGGAAGGGUUUCGCUAAGCGCGGUCUUGGAACUGGUGCCAAGUAUAGUGCUUCGAGCCGCACUGAGAGCUUUGCUCUUCCUUCUGGAUGUUAA